AUGCCACAACUGCGAAGUGCUAGCUAUCUAGGCUACCUACUACGCACGGGACUGGGCAGAUCAGAUCAGGCCAAGGUAGCACAGACAGCUCCGAACGCCGGUGUUUGUGUACUUACUGGAAACCUUAAUGUGACCCUGGAACUCGAAGAUGACGGAUUGGGGAUUUGGAACUUGAUCAGCAGUAGUAUUGGUUCGAGGUUAGCCAUGUGGCCAUGGUUUAUGGGAGUGCCGGGGAAUUUAAUCUAUGCUCAGCCCUGGAACUGCGCGUGA